CUUCCGCGUCACCGACCUUAACGCCACCUGCCCGCCCACCCGCUCCGUAUAAAGGCGCCGCCGGCCGCGCCUCCGGGACUCGGCCCCAUGGAGACGCCGCUGCCCGCGGCUGGCGCACGGCGCGGAGCUGGGACAGGUACCUUCCAGGAGCCUGAGCUAUGAGUGCCCCCUGUGGAGAGAGGCCCAUCCAGGCAGCCAACCCCACCAUGAGUUUGUGGGAACAUGGGGACAGCCACAGCUGGCAGGGAACCCCCGAACCAGCCCAGGAUCCCCCCGUUGAAGAGGCAUCAGCUGUGGAACUGCAGAUGAAGGUGGAUUUCUUCAGGAAGCUGGGCUACUCUUCUGCUGAGAUCCACAGCGUUCUGCAGAAGCUAGGGGUCCAUGCGGACACCAACACGGUGCUGGGCGAGCUGGUGAAACACGGGUCAGCUGCCGAGCGGGAGCGCCAGGCCCUGCCAGACCCCUGCCCCCAGGUCCCUCUGAUCCCACGGGGCGGGGGUACUGCCAAGGCUCCCACUCUGGAGACCUCGCCCCCUGAGGAGGAAAAGGAUGGCAGCGACUUGAGGCCCGUGGUCAUUGACGGGAGCAACGUGGCCAUGAGCCACGGCAACAAGGAGGUCUUCUCGUGCCAGGGCAUCCUGCUGGCCGUGAACUGGUUUCUGGAGCGGGGCCACACGGACAUCACAGUAUUUGUGCCCUCCUGGAGGAAGGAGCAGCCUCGGCCCGACGUGCCCAUCACAGACCAGCACAUCCUGCGGGAGCUGGAGAAGAAGAAAAUCCUGGUAUUCACACCAUCGCGGCGAGUGGGUGGCAAGCGGGUGGUGUGCUAUGACGACCGCUUCAUCGUGAAGCUGGCCUUCGAGUCCGACGGGGUUGUGGUCUCCAACGACACGUACCGGGACCUCCAGAGCGAGCGGCUGGAGUGGAAGCGCUUCAUCGAGGAGCGGCUGCUCAUGUACUCCUUUGUCAACGACAAGUUCAUGCCCCCUGAUGACCCCUUGGGCCGGCAUGGGCCCAGCUUGGACAACUUCCUGCGUAAGAAGCCACUCGCCUCCGAGCACAGGAAGCAGCCCUGCCCAUAUGGAAGGAAAUGCACCUAUGGCAUCAAGUGCCGAUUCUUCCACCCGGAGCGGCCAAGCCGCCCCCAGCGUUCCGUGGCUGAUGAGCUCCGUGCCAACGCCCGUCUCUCGCCCCCCAGGGCCCCGGGCAAGGACAAGAGCGGCCGACAGCCUUCAUCUUCACCUCAGCCUGGCUCUCUGCCUACUGAGGGUGAGCCGUGCGGCCUGGAGGGGAAGAACCUGGGGGCCCGGGCGUCCCCAGGACCCCGCCAGGAAGGUCUGACACAGACCUUUGCCCCUGCAGGCAAGAGCCUCGCGUCCAGCAGUGGCAGCUUCGGGCCCACAGACUGGUUCCCCCAGCCCCUGGACUCGCUGCCAUACGCCUCCCAGGACUGCCUGGACUCGGGCAUUGGCUCCCUGGAGAGCCAGAUGUCCGAACUGUGGGGGGUUCGGGGAGGAGGCCCUGGCGAGCCGGGCCCACCUCGGGGCCCGUACGCCAGUUAUGGCCCCUAUGGCUCUGAGCUCCCAGCCACUCCGGCCUUUUCUGCCUUUGGACAGGCUCUGGGUGCUGGUCACUUUAGCGUCCCUGCUGAGUAUGUGCCCCCGCCCCCCGCCUAUCCACCUCGAGAUUACUGGUCGGAGCCGUACCAGCUGCCCCCACCCACCCCGGUCCUCCAGGAGACCCACGUGCAAAGCCCAGGGGCUGACCGGGGCCCAUGGGGUGGGGCAGGCAGCCUCACCAAGGAGCGGGCCAGUGUGUACACCAAGCUGUGCGGCGUCUUCCCCCCACACCUGGUGGAGGCUGUGAUGGGGCACUACCCGCAGCUCCUGGACCCCCAGAAGCUGGCUGCCAAGAUCCUCUCCUACAAGUCCCAGCACCUCAGCGGGUAGCUGGCCCUGGCACACACAAGGGCAGCACCUGCAGCCUCCGAGAGCCGCCAGGCUGGCUUUGGGCCGUUGAGCAGCCCUUUCCCAACCCCGAGGCCCACACUGGCUGCUGGGCAGAGGGAGAAUUAAAGUACAGAAGGGAGCCCACAAACCAAAGAUACUGUAGGAUUGGUUCUGGCCCACGUGGCAUCUCUUUCAAGUCUGCCAAGUAGGUCAGGAGCGAUCACCUUGUUGAUACACAUUGUAUCUCUGUAGUUUUAAGGAGACGCUGCCGGUAACGGCUGUCGGUCUGUGGCUGAGGCCCAAACCCUCUUUUCUCUCGGAGGACGGGGAGGGAGGCAGGGGAGCAGAGACCUGAGCUGGGAGCCCUGUGCAUGGCCCCCCACCUCCGCCCCGUCCCUGGGAUGCCAGCCUUGGCUGGCCAGUUGGGCACCAUGUGCCUGCCCUCCAAGGGCCCCUCCUCUAAGCCAAUGAGGCCUCAUCUGUGCUCUUGCCGGGCCCGAGGCUUCAUGUUAGUAAGCAAAAUGCUUCUUAAUAACCCACCUCCUGCCCCACUCUGCCUACCCCAUUGCCCCUGUUGGGGGUGAAGACUCCUCCCUCUGUACUCAGUCAUCUUGCCUUUGCCAGGGGUGGGCAGGCUGUGUGUAUUUGUGUAUACAGGUAUAUAUUUUAAUUAGAAAGUCUGUAACUCCUAUAACACAUCAAUAAAGUAAAACAUGAGACCUCUUGA